UAAUUUAUAUCCCCAAAAAACAAACGACACUUCUCCAUGAUCACAUUACACUUCCCGGAGGUUUUGAUUCAGAGAAUACAAUGCAAAAACAUAAUCACAUGAGAGAAAAAGGCUUUGUUAUACGAGUAGAGAACAACACUACUUCUUCAACUACUAGCAGCCUUGAAACCCUUCAAUAUAAGAACUACUUAUCUCCUCAAACCAACAUUAAUUUGAACUUCUGAACUUCUCUGCCAUGAAAAUCUUCAAUCGUCUCCGUAAGCUUCUCAUGAGGCUUAUUCUUUCUCUCCCGUCAAGAGCUCAUCGGUCCUCGUCGACGUCUUCGGCUACGCCACGAUACGGCGACGUUCGGUUCGAUCCUCCCAAGACUUCAUGCAGCUCUUACUACUCUUCUCACUCUCACUAUAACGAGGCCAUAGCCGACUGUAUCGAGUUCUUCAACAAGUCCUCGCAAGAUGGUAUUUUGGAUGAUCAUGAACGAAAGUCAUUAGAUGUUCUGGUUUGAUAUAAAUAUAUUUAUAUAUUAUUUACUCUUUUGUUAUAUAUAUGGUUUGCCGUAUUACUAUUAAUUGUUUUGCCUCUUUAAUUUUCUAAGCUCAUAUAUACGAAUCUGAUUUUCAAAACUCGAUCGGUGAGAGAUGCUAACUAAUGAGAUUCCUUCUUCAUUUGUUCCUGUAAUUUGCAGUA